GGUUUGGGCCAGGUGGACUGGAAGGGGCGGAGGUAACCAGAAGAGGCCAGUGGUGGCCGCCUGCGGUCCCCCACCCCCUCCACGCAGCGCUCGCGACACGCGUGCCGGGAGGGGGAGCGAGCGGCGGGGCCAGCUGCGUUCCGAGCCUGGGCACCGCUGCCAUCUGCUGUGCGAAGCACCGGGGCGUCCCCGCCGCGCUCAGUUCGAAGUCGGCCACCAUGGAGGCGCAGGCACAAGGUUUGCUGGAGACUGAACCAUUGCAAGGAAGAGAUGAAGAUGCAGUAGCCAGUGCUGACUUCUCUAGCAUGCUUUCUGAGGAGGAAAAGGAAGAGUUAAAGGCAGAAUUAGUUCAGCUAGAAGACGAAAUUACAACAUUACGACAAGUUUUGUCGGCGAAAGAAAGGCAUCUGGUUGAGAUAAAGCAAAAACUCGGCAUGAACCUGAUGAAUGAAUUAAAACAGAACUUCAGCAAAAGCUGGCAUGACAUGCAGACUUCCACUGCCUACAAGAAAACACAUGAAACCCUGAGUCAUGCAGGGCAGAAGGCGACUGCAGCUUUCAGCAACGUGGGGACGGCCAUCAGCAAGAAGUUUGGUGACAUGAGCUACUCCAUUCGCCAUUCCAUAAGUAUGCCUGCCAUGAGGAAUUCUCCUACUUUCAAAUCAUUUGAGGAGAGGGUUGAGACAACUGUCACAAGCCUCAAGACGAAAGUAGGUGGGUCCAACCACAGCGGAGGCAGUUUUGAGGAGGUCCUUAGCUCCACGGCCCAUGCCAGUGCCCAGAGCUCAGCGGGAGGCCCCCGGCGGGCGGAGGAGGAGGAGCUGCAGUGCUAGGUCCAGCCAGCCUGGGCCGUGUCCACAAACCAGCCACUGCCCGGCCUGUCUCUGCCCGCGCGUAUCCAGAUAUGAAGACCAAAAUUCCACUGGGAAAAACCCAGGCCUUGAUGUUAAAAUGGCCUCUCCAGAAAGUUUAAUAAAAUGAUUUCCAUUUGUAUUUGUGUUGACGAUGGACCAUUUAACCAUCACACGUCGGUAUUCAUAGAUUGUCAUCUUUUAAAAUGUCCCACCUUGAGCAGGUACACAAUUGGUCCUAACUCUUGUCUCUGUCAUUCAUUGUAUAUUUUCCAAACAUGUAACUCUGAUUUGCUUUGAUCUUUGCUUGGCCUCCUUUGCGAUGUGCAUGUCCUUGAAGGCUGAGUGAACCGUGGGGAUCGACAGGAUGGAGCUCUUUAUGACUGUCUCCAGCAAGUGGGUGACUUACUACAAAUCCCAUCUAACUACUUGUGAUCUCCUUCCCCUACAUCAGUUAUGUAUGUUUAUUUAAGCAAUUAAAAUAAUUGAUUUUAAUGA